AUGAUUACGAAAUCCACAUCUGAAUGUAUGGUGGUUGUUCAAAAAUCAAAAGCGCAAGAGAACUUAUUCUCUCGUUCCCCAGAAAUAGUGAGACUUAAGAGUGUGAUCAAUGAAACUUAUAAUUCUGGAUGGAGAUCAAAAUUUCUAGUUUUGUUACGUGGUGUCCCAGGCAGCGGAAAAUCUACACUAGCAAGAUUUCUUGUUGAUCAACUUAAUCAAGAUCAUUUCAUAAUUGCUUCAAAUGAUGAUUAUUUCUAUGAUGAAUGUGAACAUAAUUACAAAUAUGAUAAUAGUAAAUUGGAUGAAGCAAUAGCUGCUUGCAAGUUAAAAGUUUGGUCAUCUAUGCACUCUGGACUGUCAACAAUCGUUGUGGAUAAUUGUAAUCUGACACGGUUGGAAAUGGAUCCAUUCUUUUUUGAAGUAACAUGUCAUUGUACACUUUCUAAAACUACUACUACUACUACUACUACUACUACUACUACUACUACUACUACUACUACUACUACUACUACUACUACUACUACUACUACUACUACUACUACUACUACUACUACUACUACUACUACUACUACUACUACUACUACUACUACUACUACUACUACUACUACUACUACUACUACUACUACUACUACUACUACUACUACUACUACUACUACUACUACUACUACUACUACUACUACUACUACUACUACUACUACUACUACUACUACUACUACUACUACUACUACUACUACUACUACUACUACUACUACUACUACUACUACUACUACUACUACUACUACUACUACUACUACUACUACUACUACUACUACUACUACUACUACUACUACUACUACUACUACUACUACUACUACUACUACUACUACUACUACUACUACUACUACUACUACUACUACUACUACUACUACUACUACUACUACUACUACUACUACUACUACUACUACUACUACUACUACUACUACUACUACUACUACUACUACUACUACUACUACUACUACUACUACUACUACUACUACUACUACUACUACUACUACUACUACUACUACUACUACUACUACUACUACUACUACUACUACUACUACUACUACUACUACUACUACUACUACUACUACUACUACUACUACUACUACUACUACUACUACUACUACUACUACUACUACUACUACUACUACUACUACUACUACUACUACUACUACUACUACUACUACUACUACUACUACUACUACUACUACUACUACUACUACUACUACUACUACUACUACUACUACUACUACUACUACUACUACUACUACUACUACUACUACUACUACUACUACUACUACUACUACUACUACUACUACUACUACUACUACUACUACUACUACUACUACUACUACUACUACUACUACUACUACUACUACUACUACUACUACUACUACUACUACUACUACUACUACUACUACUACUACUACUACUACUACUACUACUACUACUACUACUACUACUACUACUACUACUACUACUACUACUACUACUACUACUACUACUACUACUACUACUACUACUACUACUACUACUACUACUACUACUACUACUACUACUACUACUACUACUACUACUACUACUACUACUACUACUACUACUACUACUACUACUACUACUACUACUACUACUACUACUACUACUACUACUACUACUACUACUACUACUACUACUACUACUACUACUACUACUACUACUACUACUACUACUACUACUACUACUACUACUACUACUACUACUACUACUACUACUACUACUACUACUACUACUACUACUACUACUACUACUACUACUACUACUACUACUACUACUACUACUACUACUACUACUACUACUACUACUACUACUACUACUACUACUACUACUACUACUACUACUACUACUACUACUACUACUACUACUACUACUACUACUACUACUACUACUACUACUACUACUACUACUACUACUACUACUACUACUACUACUACUACUACUACUACUACUACUACUACUACUACUACUACUACUACUACUACUACUACUACUACUACUACUACUACUACUACUACUACUACUACUACUACUACUACUACUACUACUACUACUACUACUACUACUACUACUACUACUACUACUACUACUACUACUACUACUACUACUACUACUACUACUACUACUACUACUACUACUACUACUACUACUACUACUACUACUACUACUACUACUACUACUACUACUACUACUACUACUACUACUACUACUACUACUACUACUACUACUACUACUACUACUACUACUACUACUACUACUACUACUACUACUACUACUACUACUACUACUACUACUACUACUACUACUACUACUACUACUACUACUACUACUACUACUACUACUACUACUACUACUACUACUACUACUACUACUACUACUACUACUACUACUACUACUACUACUACUACUACUACUACUACUACUACUACUACUACUACUACUACUACUACUACUACUACUACUACUACUACUACUACUACUACUACUACUACUACUACUACUACUACUACUACUACUACUACUACUACUACUACUACUACUACUACUACUACUACUACUACUACUACUACUACUACUACUACUACUACUACUACUACUACUACUACUACUACUACUACUACUACUACUACUACUACUACUACUACUACUACUACUACUACUACUACUACUACUACUACUACUACUACUACUACUACUACUACUACUACUACUACUACUACUACUACUACUACUACUACUACUACUACUACUACUACUACUACUACUACUACUACUACUACUACUACUACUACUACUACUACUACUACUACUACUACUACUACUACUACUACUACUACUACUACUACUACUACUACUACUACUACUACUACUACUACUACUACUACUACUACUACUACUACUACUACUACUACUACUACUACUACUACUACUACUACUACUACUACUACUACUACUACUACUACUACUACUACUACUACUACUACUACUACUACUACUACUACUACUACUACUACUACUACUACUACUACUACUACUACUACUACUACUACUACUACUACUACUACUACUAUACUACUACUACUACUACUACUACUACUACUACUACUACUACUACUACUACUACUACUACUACUACUACUACUACUACUACUACUACUACUACUACUACUACUACUACUACUACUACUACUACUACUACUACUACUACUACUACUACUACUACUACUACUACUACUACUACUACUACUACUACUACUACUACUACUACUACUACUACUACUACUACUACUACUACUACUACUACUACUACUACUACUACUACUACUACUACUACUACUACUACUACUACUACUACUACUACUACUACUACUACUACUACUACUACUACUACUACUACUACUACUACUACUACUACUACUACUACUACUACUACUACUACUACUACUACUACUACUACUACUACUACUACUACUACUACUACUACUACUACUACUACUACUACUACUACUACUAUACUACUACUACUACUACUACUACUACUACUACUACUACUACUACUACUACUACUACUACUACUACUACUACUACUACUACUACUACUACUACUACUACUACUACUACUACUACUACUACUACUACUACUACUACUACUACUACUACUACUACUACUACUACUACUACUACUACUACUACUACUACUACUAA